GAGCUCGAAAACGAGUACAUGCGUAGAGCUAGCGCGUAUGUGGAUGCUCUUCCAGAUACCAAGAAGGGCACGCCACAGCUCAUCAAGGUCGUCUCCCACAAAAUGCGCGUCACGUAUAAACCACUCACGAGCAUGGAUGUGAAAGAAAAGGAUGCUAUCAAGGCAAGGUUUGCGUUUGCCAUAGCCAACUACCUGAACAAAACCUUACGAAAAGGCCCAACGGAGUGCACAGUUUCUUCUAUUAAGCAGAAACUGGAGGAUGUCGACGGUGACUUUCUCAGACUUUGCGCCAUUCUCGUAGAAGAGAAGCACAUGUCGUUAGAGACACUUGACGACGUUACCGGAUUGCUCAAGGCUCUACUUGACAUCCUUCCCAAGGCAGAAUUGAUCAUUGUUCCAGAUAUGUUGGGAAGCAAGCCAGUGCUUGAGGACCCAGUCGAUAGUAUGAAAACAUGGCCAACGCAGGAGAAACGUGAUUCCAUUGCAGCUCCUCGUACAUGUAUCCUCAAGGGCGUCUCGGCUGUCACCAGUAUCAAUCAGCUUCAAGCUCUAGUGUGGGGUGGAAGGCUUGAGUCCAUCUCUCUGCCAGAGCCCGGUUCCUCGAACGCUCUUGUCAAGUUCCUCACAGCUGAUGGCUGCAAGAAAUAUCACGCGGAUACUGUCAAUGGGGUAGAGGUUGGCGGAGACAAGAAAUCAGCUGUCGUGUUCGUUGAGCUAGCUGAUGGUCCAAACUCUACCAACGAUGUCAUCCAGGGCUGCAUCGAUAACGGCAUGACUCGCUGUGUCCGAGCUAUUGGGAAAGUAGACUGCACCAAUACGCAACUCAUGGAACUUGCCAAAGGAGAGAGCCAGGUCAACAAGCGCGAGGUUGAUUGCAUCAAGCAUGGAAAGAAUGCCCGCGGCCACGAUUACAUUGAAUUCCGUUUUGCCAACAUCUACCACGCGCUCAGCUUCAGGCGUGAACUGAUGGACAACGAAGACUGGGAGCAUUGCAACAUCGGAUACGCACCUGAUCCAUGCGAGCUUGCAACCGGUGUUCGCUACAAGGAC